AUGCAGGAGUCCGGGGAGGGCGUGCGGCAGGCGCCGCCGCCGCGGGGGUGCGCCCGGGCGCGGGGCGGCGCCGGGGCAGAGCGCCGGCCGCUGACGCAGCUCUCGGCCAGGGCCAGGGAGGCUGCGGCGGCGGCCCUCGGCGGGCCCGGCGGGGUGCGGGCGGCCGCAGUGGAGCGCAGUGUCAGGCGGGGGCGCAUUGCUUUGAAGUUCAACUACUGGGAGGGCCACGAGGACGACGCUCGGCUGGCCAGACUUUCGCCCGCGUACGGCCGCCUGAAGGGGUAUCAGAAGGUCGGCGUGCGGUGGCUCUUGGCGCAGGCGCAGGGCGGGUUUGGCAGCAUCCUCGCGGAUGAGAUGGGGCUGGGCAAGACAGCGCAGACGCUGACUUUCCUGGACCUCUGGCAAUCUGUCGGGCGUGAUGGGCGCUCGACUGGGGAUCAGGUGCCCUCGGAGCCGCCCGAGCCGGACGUCCAGAGGCCAGUGAGGCCUUCGCUCGUCCUGAUCCCAGCCUCUGUGAUAAACACCUGGGAAACCGAGGCUCAGAAGUGGUGCCCCCAUCUGACGGCGUUCACAUAUCAUGCUGGCUCGGCUCGAGAGAGGUGCGAACUGGCGGAUAAGUACUUCGCCGAACACGACGGCAGGUGUGCGCUGAUCCUCACUACGGCUGGAGUUCUUCACUGCAGGGACGAUCGGGCGUUCUUCUUCGGCAGGCUGCACUUCGACUUCCUCGUCAUCGAUGAGGCCCACUGCAUGAAGAACUCGGAGUCCGCCCGCUUCCGCGACGUGACCCGGGGCAUCCGUGUCGAUCGUCGCGUGCUGCUCACGGGCACGCCCGUGCAGAACUCCCUGCGCGAGCUCGCCAACCUCCUGACCAUCGUGCUGGCCGCCCCAGGGGAGCAGCGCGGUCAGGGCCGGCGCACGUCCGCGGUCGUGGAGGAGCUGGGGCGGGUGGUGGAGACGGGCUCGCUGCGCGCGCUCCAGACCCGCGCUGCGCCCCUCAUCCUGCGGCGCCUCAAGAGGAACGUAAUGUCCGACCUGCCGCCGAAGCAGGGCCACACGCUCCGAUGCGCGCUCGACGGCCGGCAGCAGGCGCUGUACGACGCGGAGGUCUCGCGGGCGCGGGCGGCAGCGCAGAGGGGCGGCCGGGACACGCUGAAGGCCAGGCGGGAGUUCGUGCGCACCCUGUUCCACCGGCUGCGGCGCCUGUGCGGCCACCCGCUGCUGAGCCAGACGCGGCUUGACGAGCGGGACUACGGCCGGCUGGUGGACCUGCUGUGCGGGUUGCGGCCCGACUUCCAGAAGGCGCCGCGCGAGCGGGCGCUGGCGCACGUGAAGGGCUGGAGCGACUUCGACGUCGCCGUGGCGGUCAGAGACUACGGGCUCGCGGACCGGCUGGGGCCGGGGUUCGACCGCGCGCGCUUCGAGAUGCCCGCCCGGGCCGAGCUGGUGGAGGGCAGCGCCAAGAUCAAGGAGCUGAUCCGGCUGCUGCGCAAGCAGCGCGAGGCGGGGGCCAAGACGCUGGUGUUCUCCCAGUUCACGGAGUACCUGGACGUCAUCGGCGAGGCGCUGAGCGCCGAGGGCUUCAUGUACGCCAGGCUGGACGGUGGGACCAAGAUCGAGGACCGGCCAGAGGUGAUGCAGAACUUCCAGGCCAAGGGCUCCGGGGUGGACGUCUUCCUGCUCUCCAUGAAGGCCGGCGGCACGGGCCUCAAUCUGACCGCCGCCGACGUGGUCGUGCUGAUGGACGUGUCCUUCAAUCCGCAGGACAACCGCCAGGCCGAGGACCGCGCCCACCGGUUGGGUCAGACCAAGCCCGUGAGCGUCUACUACCUCGUCUCGGCCGGGACGGUGGAGGACGACAGUUCUUCGCGCGAGCCUGCGCAAGCUGGCACUGGACUACCAGUUCGGCGGGCAGCGCCUGCUGCUCCAGGAGACGAGGGGCGCGUCUCCACCGCCCAACAUGCCGCGGGCCUCGGAGGUCGAGGUCGAGGACGAGGACGAGGACGAGGAAGAGGACGAGGGCACGCAGGCCGACGGGCCCCGCGGUAAGGGCGCCGAGAAGCAGGUGGAGCAGGAGGUCCUCGCGGCCCUGCAGGCGCAGUGGGGCGCCUGAGCCCGUCGAGGGCGCGGAGGCCGCUCGAGGCAGCCGUGACCUGCCUCGAGCGGCCCCAGCCGUGCGAGGUGCACCCGGCCGUGGCCGGCGGUGCCGUGCCGAGAGCCCCCCCCCCGCGGCUCGCUCAGAGGGCUCCGACGGCGGCCCCGCCAGGGGCCCUCUCGCGCACGCCGUCGGAGCGGGAGCGUCGCGCUCGCGUCCAGCCGCCGUGCCGCCGUGGUCCAGGUCUGGGCGGGGAGCUCGUGCGGGGGCAGCCUGCGAGCCAAGUGCGCGGGUGCCCUGCGCAGAGGCGUCGCAGGAUCUCGGCGCAGGCUGGCCUCAGCGUGCAGAGCAGCGGAGGCCGUGCCGAACCUGGGCAAGCGACCCCCCGUGAGCGCGCCCCGUCCCGUAGAAGCCAGGGAACGCGGUGAAGUUGGCAUUGGGUGUCCUCGACAUCCUGGUGCUGUUUGGUUGUGUCUCUUGCUGCAUCUAUAGAAGGCUGCUGCUGGAUGCAUUUGCAGCCAGGCUGCGGCGCAGCGGAGCGUUCGAUAGCGAGGGCCUCCCAAUGCUGCUUGCUUGGUGGCUGGAACGUGCUCGAGCCGAGC